AUGCUGAUUUACAUAAAUUACAACAACAAGCUGGUAACUGAUGGCGCCGACAGCGCAGCCAGCGGCCAUAGCCGAUCUGGAAAGCAGCGCAUAUAAGCCAAGUGGAGCGACCAGAAAUGCAACCAUUGCCCUCAAGCAAUCCAAAGCAAAACGUGCUCAAACGAACGCGACGCGAUAGCAACAACCAAGCUAGCAAGCAUUCAAGGAUUACCACAAGGAUAACACAUAGAAACUCACCAAAUCGAACUCAAUUCGAAAAUGCGCUCCACAUCAGCUCAGUUAGUGCUCGGCUGCGUCGCCGCUCUGCUGGCCCUGGCCGAGGCACGUCCUCAGUACGGCUACGAGCAGCCGCAGACUAGCGAUCUCUUUACGGGCGGCGUUGGCCUGACGGGCCUGCCGAACCCCGGCGGCCAACUGGUGCUGCCGAGCCCGGUGGGCCAGCUGCAGCAGGUACAUCGCGGCGGCGACAAGUACCUGCCGCCGGCUAGCACCACGCCAGCGCCCAUCAUCAACAAGAAGUUCUAUCUGGUGUCGGCGCCCGAGGAGCGCGGCAACGAGAACAAGGUGAAGCAUCUGGUGCUCGGCAGGCCGCAGAAGAACUAUCGCGUGGUGUUCAUCAAGGCGCCAGCUAGCGACAAUGCCAACGUGAAGUACUCGGCCGAGUUUGCGCCGCAGGAGGAGAAGACCGUCAUCUAUGUGCUGAGCAAGAAGGGCAACGAUCUGGAUGCCAACGAUAUUGCGACACCAGCGCCAACGCAGCCCAGCAAGCCGGAGGUGUUCUUCAUCAAGUACAAGACCGACGACGAGGCCAACCAGGCCCAGAAGGAGAUCCAGGGUCAGUACGACAAGCUGGGCGGCACCAACGAGUUCCAGGAGGACAACAACGCUCCGAUCACCUCCGUCAUCGGCAGCCUCGACAGCCUCAAUCCCGAUGGCAGCUACAACUAUCGCCAGGUCAAUCGCCCCAGCACCAAUCCCUCUACCCAGUAUCUGCCCAGUGCCCUCAAGCUGUAAGCUCCCCCGGCACUCCACACCACCACGCCACGCCACGCCCCUAUCCCCAAACCCAAUCCCCGCCCACACACGCACACAAA